GCUGUUAGAAAACCUGUAUAGAAAUCCCAUUUCCUUGGUCAUUGCCAUCGUGGAAGAGACGAAGUGGAACAAACCAGCAAUGCGCCCUUUUUCCUAUACAAAAUAAUAAAAAAAAGGGAGGAAACGCCUCGAAAAACGGGAAUAUCGACAAUACGGAAAGUUCCCCCGUUUCUGACGUCAUGAUAGGGGAAAGGGGAACCGUCUCUCCCCAAAUAUAUACGACAUGACGUCAGGAGUCAAUGCCACGAUCGCUUCAGCACGAGCCCGAACGUCAUUUCGAUCACGUGAACGGAAUAUUUAAUUGCGCAUUAAUUUUUCGGGACGUUUUUCGAAGAAGGAUGAUACUGCAAAAUUAUCACAGUUCUAUUGGGCCGACGAAGAACUGAACAUGGUAGCUGCGGAAUUGGACAGCUUCGACGGCAGAACGGACCCCGAUCUGUGUUCUCAACUCGUCGUCCAACUGAGACAGUGUCAGGAUAAGGUGAUUGGAAUUUGUAACGAGAUAAUAGAGGAGGCCAUUCCCAGUCAGAGGGCCAACAGAGACUUCAGGGUCAAGUUUCCCGACGACGUGCUACACGAAAAUUUUGCGGGUCAACUUUGGUUCGGUGCCGAGUGUCUAGCAGCUGGAUCUAACAUUAUGAAUAGAGAAUUAGAAAGUGCUAGAAUGAGGCCACUUGCAAAAGCAGUUACAAAAUCACUAGAUAAUGUUCGUUGCCUCUUAAGGGAACAGUCUUUGAAAAAUUCACAAGGAUAUUCUGAUAAAGUCAAAGGUGCUCUAAAAAUAUUUGAUAGGCUUUUUGCUGAAUUUGAAUUAUGUUAUGUAAGUGCUAUGGUUCCUGUAAAGUCGGCAAAAGAAUAUCAUUUACAACAAGAAAUUGUAAUUCUGUUUUCGGAGACAUUACAGAGAGCCUUGCGAAUAGGGUUAGUGACUCAAGAUAUGGUAGAUGACUACGAUCCAUCAUUAAUGUUUACUAUACCAAGACUCGCUAUUGUCUGGGGACUUUUAUUAUACCCCGAAGGUACAUUAAACGUUGACUGUGAUCCAGCCGAUAUGUCAGAACUUUUUAGGCCUUUUUACAGCCUUCUUUAUAAAAUAAGAGAUUUGUUAUGGACUUUAUCACAAGUAGAAUUACAUUUGCUAGAAAAGAUGUUGUGUAGUUUAGAGGAUCCGAGGACUGUUCUGGUGUCGGAGCGCUUGUCAACUAAAGAUAAUCAACCCUCCUUAGAUUCUGAAGAUUAUAUAAAUUUAUUUUAUCAAAAUCACCGCAGUUGUAAACAGUUUAUUCAGGACUUCUAUGCAUACAAUUUUGGAGUUGCUCCAGAAAAUGAAAUAUCAAGUGGUGAUGAUGCUUUAAAAAGCAAUGAAGCUUGGAAUGAAGAUUACAAUCAGUUAGAAGCUAAUAAAAGCGAAGAGGAAGUGGAAGUUGUGCCAGAAAAUAGUAUUGUAUCCAGCGAACAUAUUACAUCGCAGUCCGUCGAAUUCGUAUCCAGAAGUAAAGAAUUUGAAUCGUCGGUCGGUUUAGAUAUUAGUGAAUGUUGUGUUCAGAAAAACUUAUCUCAAGUGGAUAAAGUUAGUGAUGUGCCUUUAGAAGGUGAAUUUUUAUCAGCACUUGAACAAAGUGACGAUGUAGUGAACACUGCAAGUGAUUACACAGUCCAAAUUUCACAAUGGACAAAUUGUGAUAAUGAUAGUACUAAUGUGACUUCUGAUACAGUUCAAAGUUUUGAAAGUGAAACUGAAUUGGUAGAUGCGUUAGCCACUUCCUUAGCUCACAAUCAGAUAAUGUGCCUUGAGGAUAACGAAAAUAACGUGGGCGAAUGGUCCGAAGAAUGUCUGUGCGAUUCGGACGUAGCGUCUUGUUCUGCCGAAGAGAUUGCUCUUUCUAGGACUCUGUUAUCUCAAGUAAUGCAAAGAUUAGAAAUCGUACCGCCGCCAAGUUACGGUUCUUCACCAGAACAAGGAACGCAACCUUUAGAAAUCAGACUGCUUAGUAGAUCCUUCCCAGUGACUUCAAUCUUCCAGAAGCCCUCGUUGCACGACCACAGUCCGCAAAUCCCUCCUCGUUGGAGAAGGAGGAGGAAUGCCAUCAGAUACAAAAAUAGAAAAAGAAAUACAUCAAAUAGUAGUUGUGAUAGUAAUGUAGCAUGCAAUGAAAGAAAUUCCUCUAGACAGUUGUCACAAAUGUGCACGUGUCAAAAACCAGUGUAUAAUAGACAGCUUAGAAAAUUAGUAGAGGAUGAAAGUAAACCAUUCAAUAUUCCCAAAGUUAACAGGUUACAAGAUUACAGAGAACACUCAUGCUAUUGUUCUAGUUGUCCCAGUAUGUCAAGUGCCUCAAGUUCUGAUUGGGAUUGUAGCAGUCCCGAUACGAGCUCCUAUAAUUCAGAGUGCCAAGACGACGAAGAGAUUGCACUUGCUCUUCAAGCGGCCGAGAUAGCUUCUCGUAACGAAGCCAGAGCAAAAUUUAAAAGUAGUGAUGAUCUUUUACAUAGGCUAUUUGUUUGUAUUUCAGGAGUAGCUGAUCAACUUCAAACCAAUUAUGCAAGUGACCUAAGAAAUAUUCUAAAAAAUGUAUUUGAAAUGAACUGUUCGGAAUCCUGUAGUACUAAAGAAAAUUUGGUUCAGAAGACUGACUGCGGCAAUGACAGUUUAUCGGAAGUCGGCGAAUUCCAUCAAAAUAAUAAUAUCGAAGAAGAAAUUGGAGACAUUUCAAACAUUAUUAUAGAUACGGAAGACACGGACAGGGACAGAACUUCCGUAGACAGUGCGGAAGAAAUGGUUCCAGGCAUUUCUAUAUCUUCUACAGACGUUCACUCGUCCGAAAAUUUGCAGGCUAAGUAUCAGUUCUGUUGCCUAUCAGAACCUCCUCCGUGGCUUCCCGAUAACCUGUCCGCACACUGUAUGGCUUGCAAAGCUCCUUUCACCAUCAUACGUCGUCGCCAUCACUGCAGAAACUGCGGAAAAAUAUUUUGCUCCCGGUGUAGCUCGAAUUCUGUCCCGUUACCUCGCUACGGACAUAACAAACCCGUGAGAGUGUGCAAUCAGUGCUUUUCUUAUCAGCUAGCUUGUCUCGUGGUUAGUUCGCAGUACUGACGACGCAUGUUCCUAGAUACAUUUGCUAAUUUUCAAGUUUUAUGGGUUCUUUACAAAAUUUAUCACGUAUUACUGGUAGUACAUCCCAAAUUGUGAGCGUAUCCCCGGAUGCGCGUGUCAAAAAUGACCGUCAACAUUGUGAUAGUAGUGAAUGUAUGUGUACGUACGUCUUCCUCCACCUAAUUUUAGGAAUAAUUGCUCAAGUGAUUUGGCAAUUAGUUGUUUAAUUCUCCAGGCUUUACAAAAGACAUCGUAAACCUUGUCCGAACAAAAAAAAAAUACAAGAUCGGGACGUUUAACUUCCAAGAUUUAAAUGUGUAAUUAGUAGCAAGUGUAGAUUGUAUAAAUUUUCAUUUCAAUACUUGUGCUUUUGCAUAAUUUAUAUAUAUACAUAAUAUACAUAUUAUUUGCUAAUAAUUUCCUUUGUUUUCUUGGAAAAUGUUGGUGAGUGUACAUAAUGGAUCAGGAAUAUAUAUAUAAUUAUGUUAAAAAUUAUAAAAAUGUUAUAAACAAGGUAUAUAAGAACAUUCAAUUUCUGUGAUAAAUAAAUUUUUGUGAAAACUUCA